CUUGCACCUCAAUAGAAAAACUAGAGAAUGACAAACUCAGAAGUAAAAUCAGCCAGAACCAUGUAUAUUGCAUCUUUGGCCUAAGGUCAGUCGGGGAGAAGUACUACAUCUUCCUGUCAGAUCCUAGAGGAACAUCAGGAAGGAAGUUCACAGAUAAGGAAAAGGAUUACAACGCAUUAAUAGGUAUUAGAGAUGAGUCUGAAUUACUGAUUCCAAUGAAAAUCAAGCUGUUCCUAAAAUGCUUCAGGUCGGUAACUACCUGUGAAUUUCCUCCCGAGUCAUUCCAGAAGAGACUCCUUGAUCUGCAAGGCUCUCGAGAGUAUUCCCUGUUCAGAAUAGACUGAAAGACAAAGUCUGAAUUUUGGAUUAAUAUUUACCAAAAUGAGCUACAGAGAGAUCACAGCGAAGAGUUAAUGCCACAUACUCAGACUGAACGAAAGUCUGAGAUAGAAAACACCAGAAUCAUUAUCUGCGAGUCUACAGGAACACCAAAGGAGACAGAGCCUGCUUUUAAACAUAUUGGAGGCUGAUUUUAGUCAAGAAAGGAAUGUAUUCCAUAAAAUAGAAUUAAAAGCUAAAACUUAUUACAUUUAUAUACAAAUAGAUGCUCCUGAAGGAACCAUAAGAGAUGAUAUAGUUAAUAAGGGUUCCCGAUGUCUUUUAAUAGGCGAGCAAUUUGAGGCCACAAAAGUUGCUUUUUCCCAAAAGAAGUUCUUAUCUUGAGUGCUUGAAGAUUUGAGUUGAAAAUAAAACAAUUCUCAUGACAAAAGAUUUGACUAGUUCCAAGAUAAAACCUUCAAAUAGCCUUGGAUGAUUUGGCUGCAAGAUCCUUGAACCAGAUUCUACUGAUGCCAAAUAAGCUAAAAAUCAUAGUUUGGAAAAAGAAAGCAUACUACACCUGCAAAUUCAAAAAAGACCAUAAAAACCAUGAAUAUUGUGAAUACAUCAAACACCCUCCUCAAAGGCCCAAAAGGGCAAAAACCAGGCCCUAUCUCCCCAAAAAGCCACUAAAAAGAGAUCACAGUAGUUUCUAACACCCCUUUCAAUC